UUAUGUUUGUAUAUUUACUUCAGUGAUAAUUUACUUCAAUAUUUUGGAAUUUAUUUUUUUGAUGAUAUAACUAUGACAGAACAAACGGAGAAGAAAAAUCCUUUACGAAGUAAAUAUUGCGGUGGUCCUCAUGGUUUAGGCGAUCCGGAUGACCUGUCCUUGAGAAUAGUUGAGAAAGACGUUCUUAUUGCUAAAAAGAUGCGGGAUAUAGCAAGAACUGAAAAGUGUGUUAAGGAAGUCGAACAGUUUACUGAAUGUUGCAAAUCAAACCAAAUAUUAAUGACGUUUAAAUGCAAACAAGAAACCGCUGCUUUAAAGGAAUGUUUAACAAGAUGGUAUCAAGACGAAGAUUUUAAAGCCAAAUGCACAAAGGAGUACUUGGAGGAAAGAUCAGAAUAUAGGAGGACGGGGAUCCCUCAGAAACAGAGACAGUUAGGAAGCCAAAGAAUAGGGUCUUCUAUGUGAUUUUUUUUAUAAUCGUUAUUAUAGUAGAAACAAAGAUUAAAAGUUUUAAGUAUCUUCA